CGCGUGCGCCGCCGCUGGCCGGGCUGGAGCUGCAGCGGUUGGAAGAUGAUGCCUGUGGCCGAAGGACUUGGCUCGGCAUGCGUGGCUGUUCCCUCUGUGGAUGCCGAAGCCUCCGUCCGUUCCCGGUCAUGAGAGGAAUCUUAUGUCAGAGAUGAAACUGCUUCAGUUGUGUGCAGAGAAAAGGAGACAAACCCCUAAAGCAAAGAAAUCUAGAUCAAAGAAAAAAUACUCAAGGGCCAUGCAAGCCAACUGUAACCAACUGCACAGUUCUUCAGGAACUGUAGGUGGUGAGGAUGCAUCAACCUCCCAGUGUAUCCAUGCAGCAAGACUAACUGGAGAAGGAUCUUGUCUUCAUUCUGGUGAUGUUCAUAUCCAGAUAAAUGCCAUACCUAAAGAAUAUGUUGAAAAUCCAAGUUCCAGAAAUACAAGGUCCAGUGUCCACAGCUGUACUCAUGGAUGUGUACACAGUCGUUUCCGGAGUCACUCCCACAGUGAAGCAAGGCAGCCUGAUGACACUGCCACAGAAUCUGGAGAACAUGGAAGCAGCUCCUUCUCAGAAUUUCGCUAUCUUCUCAAGUGGCUGCAAAAAUGCCUUCCAUAUAUUCUGAUUUUGAGUGUCAAACUUUUUAUGCAGCAUUUAACAGGGAUUUCUCUUGGAAUUGGGCUGCUAACAACUUUUAUGUAUGCAAACAAAAGCAUUGUAAAUCAGGUUUUUCUAAGAGAAAGGUCCUCAAAGAUUCAUUGUGCUUGGUUGCUGGUAUUCUUGGCAGGAUCUUCUAUUCUUUUAUACUAUACCUUUCAUUCUCAGUCACUUUAUUACAGCUUAAUUUUCUUGAAUCCUACAUUGGAUCAUUUGAGCUUCUGGGAAGUACUUUGGAUUGUUGGAAUUACAGACUUCAUUCUGAAAUUCCUCUUCAUGGGCUUAAAAUGCCUUAUUUUAUUGGUGCCUUCUUUUAUCAUGCCUUUUAAAUCAAAGGGUUACUGGUAUAUGCUUUUAGAAGAAUUAUGUCAGUAUUACCGAACUUUUGUUCCCACACCAGUUUGGUUUCGUUACCUGAUAAGCUACGGGGAGUUGGGUAAUGUAACUAGGUGGAGUCUUGGGAUAUUGCUGGCUUUACUCUACCUCAUACUAAAACUUUUGGACUUUUUUGGACAUUUGAGAACUUUCAGACAGGUUUUACGUAUAUUUUUUACACGACCCAGUUAUGGAGUAGCUGCCAGCAAGAGACAGUGUUCGGAUGUGGAUGAUAUUUGUUCAAUAUGUCAAGCUGAAUUUCAGAAGCCAGUUCUUCUCAUUUGCCAGCAUAUAUUUUGUGAAGAGUGCAUUACCUUGUGGUUUAACAGAGAGAAAACAUGUCCCCUCUGCAGAACUGUGAUUUCAGACUGUAUAAACAAAUGGAAAGAUGGAGCCACUUCAUUACACCUUCAAAUAUAUUAAUGGUAUAAAUUAUUAAGGCCACAAAACACUAAUAUGGUAAUUGUGACUAUUUGGUAAAGGCAUUAGAAUGUAUUUUAAGGACUUGACAAAAAAAUGUUUCCAAAUUGUUCCAAACUUUUACAAGGCUUAUGUGUGUAGUUCAAUUUAUCAAGAGUAAAUGAAAGAACCUUAAAAGUAUAUAAUAUUCAACCUAAUAAUAUGCAAUUUAUUAUACCCUUUUUUGACACCUAAUUGCAGUGUUAAAUUGUAAAAAUAUGUUUUAUUAUUAUCAAAACAGCAAUUAGAAUCCAGUGGUUUGAAAAUUCAGGUAUUCUUUCCUGACAUUGUUUUUGGAAUAAAGAGUAUUUUCACAAUAUUUUAAGAUAUAUAAUCCAAAAUUUCUUCAACAUUGACUUUUAUAAUUGCCAUUCUAAAACAGCUUAAAGUUUUCAUAAAAUUUGUAUUUUUAAAUGAAAGCUCUAAAUAUAUUUUACUUGUAUAUCACUUUCUAAAUGAAGACUAGUUUACUGAGGAUGAUAUAUUUUAAUGUUGCAUUCUCUAUAGUAUGAUUAGUAAUCAGUGAGAAUAAAUGAUUUAAAUUCAUUUGUUUGUGGGCCUUACACCUGCUUCCUGCCAUCAUCAUUAACAUUCAGUCUUGCUUUUUGUACAGUUCUGUGGUGUAUCUUGAAUGUUAAGCUUAUUCAUGUGGGGGCUAGGCUAUAGCUUAGUAGUAGAGAGCUUGCCUAGCAUAUAUGAGAUCCUGGGCUUAAUCCCUGCGAUUAACAAACAAGAUCAACUCUAUAAAAUUUUAAAGAAUGCCUGUAUAACUAAUCUGUUCCAGAAAAAUUUCAAUUUUAGGCUUGGGUCACCAUUAAUUGGGAUUGUAAAAUGUACAUUUCAGGGCUUAGGGUGUUGCUCAAUACCAGAGUGUUUGCUAGCAUGUGAUAGGCCCUGCAUUUCAUCCUCAGCACUAAGUCAGGGAAAAGCUUGCACUCAGAAAAUCAUAAGCUUUUUGGAUAAUGUGGUUUGUUUGCCUCUAGGUAAUUUGUGCAGUGUGGCGGAAAGAGGAAUCAGGCACAUUUCUCUUUCCCCUUGACCUAAGGAAGAUUCUCUCAUCUAGCACAGAAAUCUUUUUGUUUUUUUAGUUUGUUUUUUGAGGGUCUAUCUAGUUCAGGCUGGCUUCAAACUCCUGGUGAUCCUCCUGCCUCAGUUUGCUGAGUGCUGGGAUUUCAGACAUUCACCACCAUGCCUACCUAGAAGCCUAAAGGACUGCUACUGAUUAUAUCAAAUUUGAGAGUACAGUGCUUCUGCCUGUUGAUUACUAUCUGUCGGUUUAUAUACAAGGAAAAGAUAAUACAAAAGACAAGUUGGAAGAGACAGAAGACAAAUUUGCAGUAUUGAGAAGAUGAAGGCUAAGCCAGCACAUGGGUUAAUAAGAAAGUGACAAUUGGAUACAAGUGAAGUCAUUUUUUUGUGCCUCUGUAGUACCCAAAUUGACAAGGGAACCUUAGGAAGUCUGUAGCUUUUUCCCCAGGUAAAUACUACCAGGUUGUAAGUACUAUUUCUGUUCAUCCAUCACAAUAUAUUUCACUUUCUUACCUACUUUGAGAAUCACUGCAAAUAUUUAAACAAGUUUACUUGGCCUUAAAUCAUCUUCCUGCUUUGUGAAACUUAAUUGUAUUAUUUAGAUAUUUGGCAGAAGUGAGUAAAACAAUUUAAGAUUAAAAUUGAGCUGUGAAAGAA